GUCAUAACGUUGAUGACGUUUCUUACGAAAAGGUAUACAAAGUAUACAAACGACACAAACACUCAUUGAUUAUAUAGCUUCUGUUGUGGCUGUCAACAUUUUUGCAACUUCACCUGGAAAAUUGAAAUAAUAACAGAAAAAACAAUGUCAGCAGAAGCUGCAGCUUUUCAAGUUCAGGAACGUCUGCGCGCUCUUCAAGGGUUGAUUCAUGACAUCGACAAUGAAAGGCGACGUAACGAACAGAACCUGAACAGCAUCUUUCGAACUCAGGAAAAACUGUCAUUCGACGCCAUGCAACAAAGUUCAUUGCAGCAAAAAAUUCGUACAUUGUACAAGAUCGGCCUACACGACGCCUCCCAAGAAGAGAAUCUUCUGCGUCAGGCGUUGGCCAAAAUCCAAGAAAUUCGAGCCAUACGAAACGAGCGUCGAAUUCACGCACGAAAUUCUGGUAACAAGGAAACGAUUCGUCGAGGAGCGCUGAUGAAAAUGUUGGAAAUAUCAGCGCAAACACUACCGUUGUUCGUCAGUAAAAUCGGCGAAACGAAAAUUCCAGCUCUAUGCGGUUGCAUCCCAGCAGAUUCGUCGUACGUGGCAAAACCAGGAGAUAUGGUUGCGGCAUUGGUCAAAGGUCUCGAAGAAGAUGAAAAUUGGAUUUUGGCCGAAGUCGUGUCCUUCUUGCCGAACCAAAAUAAAUACGAAGUGGAUGACAUUGACGAGGAGCAGAAAGAUCGUCAUAUUUUGAGUAAAUGUCGCGUGAUUCCGUUGCCGUUGAUGCGAGCAAAUCCUGAAACCGAUGCUAGCGCAUUGUUUUCCAAGGGUACCAUGGUGAACGCUUUGUAUCCACAAACGACCUGCUUUUACAAAGCAAUCAUCAAUCAAUUGCCGCAGGCUGCCACCGAUGAAUAUGAACUGCUAUUCGAGGAUGCUGCAUAUGCUGAUGGAUUUUCGCCCCCAUUGUAUGUACCGCAACGGUAUGUGAUUGCUUACAAGCAGACAAAGAAGUUUGGCAGCGUGUCAAGUUGACAGGAGAAUUUGAUCGUUGAAGAGAUGGCCAUGGACGAGGACCUGAUGCUUGAUGACGACGAAUAUCAGUAAAUAGAUUUAAUUUUGUCGAAGAAUUGGAAUUAGGAAUCACAUCGAAAUUACAUGUGUGUGCUAUGCGGAA